UUAAAAACAAAAGCAGCGCGCCAAGUCGUUGAAAAUGGCGGAAUAGAGGAGCACAAUAAAGUUACCGUCUUUUAGUGCAACAGUUGAUGCACAGUUAAAGGAUGGCAUAAAAAUUCUGACAAAGGAAACAUGGCAGUUGUCAGGUAGUGUCCAAAAUUUUUCCCUCCCGUUUUCGCCAUUAUCAAGGCCUUUUUUCUUCUUCCAAAGACUUUGAAGAAGAGGUAAAACGGCAGACUCGGUAUAAUGUCAGCAGAAGAAGCGAUUGACGUAACCGCUGAGAAUGAAAAUAAGCAUUGGUUCAUACUUCAGACUAAACCUGAAGAACUAGAAAAGGAGCAAGGUUAUAAAGAUGUAGAUAUUGACUCUGGAGACCAGAAUGAAAACCUGAGAGAAGUAGCAAAUAAUACGAGAUUGUCCCUUACAACUGAUUCUGGAAAUGCUGAAAUACUGCCAAGCGAUGUAUCUGGUGAUGUAGUUGAUGAGAAAGCCUCUAAAAUUCGGGAACAAAACUUGUCAAAGGAUAUUGAGAGCAAAUGGUUUAACCUCAAGAUAUUGGAAAGCGAAGAUAACAACAACAUUCGAAAUCACGCCAAACUGAUCAUUCGGACGAGAAGGCAGGGGCUAGUCCUUCUGUUGCAACUAUUCACCUGGCUGAAACCCUAGACACAACUGAACAUGAUAGUCCUUCUCAUAACGAAAAAAUAGUACAAAGUGUCGCUUUGUUGCCUCCCGACACGCCAGUUGGUAAUCAAAUGGGUAGUGUUUCCCGUAUAGACCUGGAGGCAAGGUUCGCUUCAAUUCAAAGGCCAGAACCGCUAGGUAAAGCUUGGGCUGACACCCACAUCGGUAGAAUAGCAAAUCUAGCCAAUCAGAAUGGGCAGUUCCCUUCCAGUGUUGAUGAUGUUUAUUUUCGGCGCUUGGCUGCAGGUUACAAUAAAGAUUUGAAGGAUAUCAGUGAUACUGGUUUACAAGAGCAAGAGUACCCAGCCCGAAUACCCUUGUCAGUUUUUGAAGGAGACUUAGUUGCAAAUCCCCUCUUCAAGCAAACAGUUAUCUCGUCAGAGCUUGGCGUUGUUAAAAGUAGUUCCCAAACUGCUAUUGAACAACAUGGUUCUGCUACUGAGAGUCAAACGAGCAUUUUUCGCAACAGUGAUUCAAAUUUCGAAACUACAAAUGCGCUUGCUUCUCAGGACAAAUCUGAUGACAACAAAGGCUCUGUUGAAACCUCCAUAUCCAAAAUGUUAGAGCCAACUUAUCAAAGUUCAGUAGCGUUAUUGAAGGAGUUGCAAAAAAGAAAACUCAGGCUUUCAAAAGAGCGUAGGCCUGAUGAAAAACCCCAAUCGCGACCAGCUGACCCAUUAAUUUUAGCAGAAAAUGCCGUCAAAGCAUCAAAUAUUUUGUCCUCCAGAACUGAGAAGUCUCUUAGAAGAGCGUCCCUAGUAUUGAAAGCAAUCGAGGAACACAAAACACCGCCCAGCAAUUUGUACGAGAGUUCCUCUUUCAGUGCAUCACACAUGUCAAGCAGUUUGUCUGUUGGUAUGCACUCAUUAUCAUUAUCUGCUUCCACUGAAACAAGGGAUGCUUCAGACAGCAAAAGCUCAAAGGACAGCGUCGAUUUGCUUAUAGAUAAGCGCCUGAAAACACGGCAAGAUGAGAGCUCGCGGUCCAACAAAAGCCUUACCUCUAGUAAUUCGCUGUUGGCUACCUUGUCAGGAAAGCGAGUAUCAGUGAAUUCUACAGAGGCGUCCACUCUAGCAAGCACCGGACAAAGCACUGAGUUGUCCAGCCUUGAGAGCGACGGAAGCGCAAAAAGGGACAAUGCAUCAGUGGUGUUUUCGCCCAAUCAAGAUAGCCUCACUCGUCCUGAAACAUUUGCCGAUGCAAAAGAAGGAAUGUCGUCGAAUUUCUUGCAGUUGGAAGGGCUAAGUGCCGAAGACGAAUCUAAUACAGCUCUAAAUGCGAGUGCCAGGUUCCAAUCGCAAAUGGAUGAGUUCUCUCCUAUUGACGGAGACAGACAACUUUUAAGAAGUAAUAAGUACAUGGCCAGUUCAAGAAUUCUUAAUUCCAAAAGCGUUCCGUCUGAGGCAGAUGAAAGUUUAUUGGACUCCGAUGUUGUCAAGUUUCAUCGUUCUCUUGGAGCAGGUACGGUCACUCCAUUACCCCCUGCUGCAGACAUAUCAUUGGAUUCAGCAAAUCAAAGCAAAGUUUCGAAUUUUUCAACUGAGGGUAGAGAAGAAAGGGGGGAUGAAAUUCCGCAGAGGGUUAAAGAAAGGGCAAAUGAAAAUCAAUCUCUUUCUUCAGCCCAAGUCACGUUAUCACGAAGUGACGGAACUAGUGAUUUAGUACCAUCUAUGCAGACUGAUUUGAGUAAAGUCAGCAAUGGAGAUAGAAACUCCAGUGAUGUCAGCUCUUCAGGUGAUUCAGAAACUUCUAUAGUAGGAGUUUCCGCUUCUAAUCCGCGAGGUAUUUACGACAUAAGAGAUUCUACGGGGCCUGGAAGCAGUAACCGAAAACGGCUUAUUUCAGGGAAACGACCUGUCAGUCACAAAAAAAGUACUAGAGAUCCAACAAGCCUUUAUGUCUCAGAAUCUGAAAUAUCAUUAUCGACUAUGAACGGAGAGCAGAAGAAACGGGAAACGGAAACAGAGAAACGGUCCUAUUUCAAUGAAAAAGGCAAAGAUUUUCAUAGAAAUGCGUCGAAUUCGUUGUCGAUGUCAGAAUACCCGGUUAUUUCAAAUAUUGGUAAUCUUCUAUUCAAGACCAAUCGCAGCAAUCAAUAAUAUUCGAGCGUAAUGAACUGA